AUGGCUUCUGCAGGAGGCCCCGCGAGUAUCAUCACUCAAGUCUCCCAGACGAGCCAAGGGCCACCGAUCAACGCCCUGGGUGGUGGCUCUGAUGAGAACAUCACUUUGGAGCUGAGAGGAACGCGCUUCACUCUGUCGCGCGACGAGCUUCUGACUCUCCCCGAGUUCGUCCUCCUCUCCUUGUUUCCCAACGGUCUACUUCCUGAUGGCCAUAUGAACUCGUACCAUGAUGGCGACGUAUAUCCAGUCGACGUGGGUAGCCCUAAUCCUCCUUCUCUCCCCUACCUCCCCACGGGCACAAUAGCCAAGAUCAUGUACCAUCUCUCCAAUUCCGCGAUAUAUUUAUCUGACAAUCUCUAUCCUUCACAGUACGACCCAAACUCCCUCCAGUACAUGCUCGAAUUCUUCCGCAACGUCGCUCAGACUAUCCCCGCGUCGCCUCCUUCUCCGACUGCCGCUCCCGAGCAUGCUGCUGAAGCGGUUCCUAUCGAGCCUAUGCAUGGCUCCGCAAGGGACAUGCUGCAAGAUCGUGCUGGCAUCAUUGUUCUCCGGGAAGAUCUCGACUUCUACGUCAUCCCACCACACCGCGACAUUGCUCAGCCGGAAAUGAUUGAAGUCAAGCGUGCGGCGGGUGAAGCGCUGUUGAGACAAGAGGGUAUCUUCUCCGGUCUGAGGAAGAGCGAGGAGCCGGGGACUACAGAACAGCACCUCAUUGAGAUGCUAACUGCAGGAGGGUUCAAUCACGAUGAUCACUGGGGUCACCGUGCGGGAGAACCAAACAAGGCCGUCAUCUGCAGUAUCGCUCUUGCGCGCCUAAGGACCGACAUCAAAGGCAACGAUCUUGCGAACAGUAAUGCUGUUGGUAUGGCCCAGAAAUUGCUUCUUUUCUGGAGGAAGCCUGCUCGCCGAUGCUGGUGGGAAGGAGUUGAGCUUGACGACGUCAGGGGCGUCGAAGGCAAGCUCAAAGUAUGGAUACGAAGAGUCUGGACGCUCGAGAUGAGUGUCAUCGGUCUGCGUUAG